GGCCUGACCCAGCCCAGCUGCUCCUGCCCCCCAGGGCCCUUGAACUGAUGGCGUCUUGUCCUCCGCAGGGAGUAGCAGCGAUGAGGGGAGCACGGUGGUCAGGAAGGGGGGGCGGCGGGACACCCACAACCCCAUGAUCCAGAAGACCAGGAAAAGUGAUAAAGAGAAGACCUCGUAUGGGGCAAGCAGCAGUGAUGAUGAGGGGGAAUCGCAAGGAAUCGGUGUCGCUUACAAAUCAACGAGAUCAGCGAAACCUGUCGGCCCGGAGGACAUGGGAGCCACGGCCGUGUAUGAGCUGGACACCGAGAAAGAGAAAGACGCCCAGGCCAUCUUUGAGCGCAGCCAGAAAAUCCAGGAGGAGCUCCGAGGGAAGGAGGACGAUAAAAUUUACCGGGGGAUCAAUAACUAUCAGAAGUACGUGAAGCCCAAAGAUACAUCGAUGGGGAACGCCUCCUCGGGAAUGGUGAGAAAAGGCCCUAUCCGUGCGCCAGAGCACCUGAGGGCUACCGUGCGAUGGGACUAUCAGCCUGACAUCUGUAAAGACUACAAGGAGACGGGCUUCUGUGGCUUUGGAGACAGCUGUAAGUUCCUCCACGACCGCUCUGACUACAAACACGGCUGGCAGAUUGAACGGGAGCUGGACGAAGGACGCUACGGAGUCAACGAUGAGGAAAACUAUGAGGUGAGCAGCGAUGAGGAGGACCUGCCCUUCAAGUGUUUCAUCUGCAGAAGCUCCUUCAAGAACCCCGUGGUUACCAAGUGCCGACACUACUUCUGCGAGACCUGCGCCCUGCAGCAUUACCGCAAGUCCAAGCGCUGCUACGUGUGCGACCAACAAACCAAUGGUGUCUUCAACCCGGCCAAAGAGCUAAUGGCAAAACUAGAAAAGCACAAGGGGGAGGAAUCGGACCCUUCGGAACAUGAAGACGAGCCACAGUAGCACGACUGUCCCUCCCACCUCCACCCCCCCAGGUUUUGUAAUUAUCCCAAUAAAAGUUUGUAGAAAAAA